AUGACCCCAUUAACUCUAUUCUUUCUUUUACCAGUGGCAUCGGCUUUCUGUCCCAUAUAUGGACCAGCCUUCCCACCACCUAAGAACCCUGGCUCCUCGAAGGCUUUCCCGGCUGCCUUGGAAAAACUCACUACCUCAAUAGAUGAAGGGCGCCGCGAUCCAAACAGCGAGCUGACAGAGGCCCACACGGUUUCAGUACAGCUUUUCUCCGCUUCUUCCAAUGAACCACUGUACGCUCUGCACCGAGAAGGGACGACUUUGAACACCACUGCUGGAGUCGCCAAAGUAGACAGUGACUCGAUCUGGAGAAUAGCGAGUAUAUCCAAAAUGAUCUCAGUGUACCUUACACUCAAAGAAGUGGGCGAUGGAUACUGGGACACCCCAGUCGCGGAAGUCCUUCCCGAAUUGAGAGGGAAUGCGAAGUGGAAGGACAAUCAAGUGGACUUCGUGAAUUGGGAGAGUGUAACAUUGGGGACUCUGGCCGACCACACAUCCGGGAUAGCAAAAGACGUGAUAAACAUUGUGGGCACAAACCCAUUGGAUGACACUUCCGUGGCUGAUAAACUUGGUCUCCCCCCUCUAGCCACUCACGAUGCACCCUUCUGCUCUAUUUUCCUCGAGUACAACUGUACUCGCGCCGAAUUUUUCGAAGCAUUAGACGCGAGACAACCAGUGACCGCCUCUAGCACAACACCACUCUACAGUAACACGCCCUUCGUUGUGUUGGGAUAUGCACUUGAGUCUAUUACUGGCAAGCCGCUUUCGGAGAUUCUGCAAUCAUUUGUCGAUGAACUUGAGCUCGAAGUCACUACCCCAGUACUGCCAGAUUUUAAAAAGGCAGUUAUUCCUUACAGUCCAGAGUUAAGUGGAUUCAUUGCGCAAACGGGGGAAGCCUGGCCUCUGGGGGGCUUGUUCUCAACUUUCAAUGACUUGACAAAGAUCGGACGGUCAAUUCUCAAUUCCAAGUUCAUAAGUCCUAGUACCACAAGGGCUUGGUUAAAGCCUACGUCAUUCACAUCCGAUAUACGCUUAUUAAUCGGUAGGCCAUGGGAGAUUUACCGCAUCGAUACCAAGUCCACUCGCGGUGUCGUAGAUGUCAUUGGGAAAAGUGGGGGCUCUGGCCCUUACAGUACGUUCCUCGGCUUGCUCCCUGACUACGAUUUUGGGUUUGUGGUAGGUGUUGCAGGAAGUGAGCCAGGCAGUGAUAAUUGGGUGAACGACAAGAUCACGGACGCUAUCAUUCCAGCAUUGGAGGAUGCAGCGCGUGAGGAGGCUCACGAACUGUAUGCUGGGACAUACACCGCCAACACAAACGGUACCAACUCGACCAUUGUUUUGACGACCGAAGCUGGAAAGCCUGGAAUGAGUGUUACCAAGUUCACUAGCAGAGGUGUGGAUGUGUUGAAGGCGAUGGAACUGCUCUACGGGGAAGAAGCUACGACGGACGUCUUGCGCUUAAUCCCAACUAAUCUGGAGCAAGGCCUCGGGAACAGUACUACAGAAAUCGGCUGGAAACUUAUCAAGAGCGCAGCGACUCCCAACGAAAAGCCCAGUGCAUGGGACGCAUGCGGGAGUUGGUUUAACGUCGAUCGCCCAGUCUAUGGUCAACAAUCGUUCGACUCGAUUGUGUUUACCCUGGAUUCAAAUGGGAGGGCGAUCAAGAUUCGUCCACGCGCGUACGAUAUGGAUUACCAAAGAGUCUGA